AUGGAGAACAUGAUCGGUGACCUUAGGAUGCAGUUUAGCACGCUCGAGAAUAAGAACCGUAUGCUUGAGGAUCAAUUCAGAGAGAUACAGAACACGCUAAGAGAUGAUAUGGACCGCUACGAAGACGAUAAGCGUCGUAGACAAGACCAGUACAAAGAAACCCUCGCAAACUACCAGCGCCUGCUUUUGGAACAAGGAGCAACGGAUGAAGUGGCCCUACUAGAAUUAGAAAUCUACAGAAAGAUGCUUGAAUGCGAAGAAAAGAGGUGGGGAUCACACGUAGCAACAAUGCACGAGUCGUACUCUCAAAUUACCAAGCACAGGACUUAUACUACGGACGUGUACAUCAAAAACUGUGAUGAACAUGGCGAUUAUGUGAUUGUCGAAAAUCUAGGCUAUAGUAAUCAAAAUUUGGGCGGAUACCGUCUCAGCAGAAGUGUGGGUGGUCGUGAACGGUCUUUCACGUUCCCGGAAUCAUUCGUUCUUGGACCUAGACAAACCGUUCAAGUAUCUGCCCGAGGCUAUACUUCGCAAAGACGAGAUUGCAAUCACUACCUGACAUUCGAUAACGAUAUCACCUGGGGCACAAACGGAGCAUUCGUGACCCGGCUCUUCAACAAAGAAGGCGUUGAAGUGUCAACUAUCGAAGAACGAGAA